UGUUCGCCUAUAACGCGUGCUCCCACUGCGCGGCUUCAUUGAACAAGCCAGAUGCCCAGCCAAUCACCAAGCGCAGUGCACACCGACUGACCAGUACAGUUUGAAGUGACCAUCACAGCACGCUGACCGCUGGGCUGAGAAGAGCGAGGGACGCUGUGAUUGAACGUGACCUGACAGCCAUGACCCAUCACCAGCAAUAUGCGGCAGACAGCGCCACCUGGUUGACAGAGCCACCACAACAGGAUGGUCCUCACUUCAUGCCAAAGGUUGUUCAAAGGCGAGCAAAGCGUAUCAUCCCAGAUCUGGAAAAGGACGAUAAAUAUUGGGAGAAACGCAAGCGAAACAAUCUCGCUGCUAAAAGGUCUCGUGAGAACAAGAGGAAAUUAGAAGUUGACAUUCGCCAUAAGAUGAGCUACUUGGAAGAAGACAACGCUCUGCUGCGGAAGGAAAUUGCGUUGAUCAAGGCCAAGUUUGGGAUUCCUCCCGAGCAGAGUCUCCUGACGCCAGAGGAACGUGCCCAGUGUAUGCAAGAGGUGAAGGCGGCACAGGCGGCGGCGGAAGCCAGUAGUCGGGUUGGUUGUGAUGACGUCUACCCUGUGUCGUUACUGUCAGACCCGUCAUCACCACUCGACGUCGAUAGGAAACGCGAUGAGCAAUCAGACAGCGACGACCACGACCGAAGCAUGUCGGAGGACAACGUGCGGUCCGAGUCUGCGCACGUGCCGCACGGUUCUUCCGCGUACGGCCCUUACAACCCUUCCCUGACGUGGGGUGCGUCAGCACAGCAUUUCCAGCACAACAGCUACAACGACAACCAGCGACUACAAGGAAUCAGCAAUGGCUACAACGACAAGACCAAUAACAACAACAACUACCAACGUUACACAUCGCAGUCAGAUAACCAUUUCUCCCGGAAUGUGUAUGACUAUUACGCCCAUUACACAUCUCAAGGACAGUCCAUGUACUCUGCGGUCAACCACCUGCAAGGAGUUACCUCCCCUGCUGACCUCACCAUCCGUAACAAACGAUCCGAACAAGACGUGAUCAUCAGUAACAUGGGAAACAAAAAUGGCGGCCCGGAAGCAGCUCAGGCUCCUAACAACAUAUCAUCAGGGAUGACGGGGAACCUCCACAUGGACUCGUCUGGUCUCCACGCGCAGAUGUCGCGGAAUCAGGACCUGUACUCUCCUAACAUAGCCGCCAUUGACCACGACGUCCCCAUCCUAGGCAGUGACAACCUCAGGAGAGAAAACGUGGUGCUCAAAGAACGACUGAACAAUCUCACCUCGCAAGUUGAGAAAAUGAAGAGUAUUGUAUUAAAAGAGUGAAAGUAUUAAAUCAUUAUUAAAAGACUGAAGUCCCAUAUAGUUUAGACAAUGAUACCUGGCGGUGUUUGCUCAUCGUGAUUACAGCUCAACCAAAGAAUACUGUAUCAAUAGUUCGUUGUGAGCAGUGGUUCCAUUUCUCACACCUUCGUCGUAUUUUGUUUGGGCACUGGCAAGUAUGCAGUUGCCACACUAUGUCUAGCCAGGUAUAAUUAACAUUGAAAACUGGAAGCAGAGGCACCAGUAUACCCAUCGGGGAGUCGAACCGCCCGACAUUCGAGAACCUGUUUAUACUCUUCUCAAAUUCAUUGCAUUUAAGAAAGCGUAUGCUAUCAUGUCUGUAGAAGACGCUCUGUGAGCACUGCCAGUCAUAUGCUUUCAUCGAUCGUAUUUUGUUCAUUGCUUACUUUACAAUAUUGAUCUAUUGUGUUUCAUCUAUAUUUAAGAGCCGGCCUCUAUUAGGUGUCAUAUUUUGAUGUUUAAGAAAUAUGUCAAUGAAUGACUCCAUUUAAGACUAAGCCAGAAGUAAAGGAACACUUCUUGGCUCUUCAUAAGGGAAAUGCGGUUCGAGAUAUUGUGCUUGUUUAUAAGUUUCACUGUGAAAGUAUCACAAUACGUUAAUGAAACGAUUUAUUUCCAAGUCGGAUGUCAAGGUAUGGCAGAUUAACCACAGUUAUAGAAUCGGAGGGUCCUUAGCCAUUUUUGUGGUAUACAUGUAUUCCGAACAGAUAGCUUUCUAUGUUUGUUAUGCCCGAUUGACGAGAAAAAUACUAAGUUCAUAUCGAUAUGUGCUUGUUAGAUAUGUCCGCGUCGUAAUCUUCUCUGUGUGGCUCUGUUGUGCUACGAGUCGCCAUUUACGUUGAGUUGGAGCGGAGGAACAGUAUUCCCUUGUGUUAUGAACGAACAACAUACCAUCUUGCCUCCUUAUUUAUCUAUUUAACUAUUUACAAUAUACAUUUCAGUGGAUUAUUUACAGGUACUAGUUAAGUGUUUUGUGAGUUCAUGUCACUACAUUAUAUACUUGUUAGAAACUGCAGAAUAUAGUUACAUUUAUUGCAUUGUCCGUGCUGUUUAUGUUUAUCCUUAUCGUGCAAAUACAACAUUCAAACAUUUCAA